AUGUCUCUAAAGGGAAAGGUUGCAGUUGUGAGCGGAUCGUCCGCGGGUAUCGGGGCUGCGAUAGCCAAGGAGUUAUCAGCCCGAGGGGCCACUGUCGCCAUCAAUUAUCCCUUCCCAGGCGAAAAAGAGAAUGCAGACACGGUUUUGAAGAGCCUUGGCCCAGAAGCCACAGCGAUCACCGUCGAAGCGGACUUGUCAACUUUCGAAGGACCAAAACUGCUAGCCAAAGCAGUGAAGGAAGCUUUUGGCAAGAUCGACAUUUUGGUCAACAAUGCUGGUGUCGUCCUUACCUCUGAGCUCGAUGAGCCAGACGACAAGGUUUUUGCAGAGAUCUGGGACAAAAGCAUCAAUUUGAACGGUCGUGGGACCUUACUGCUCACCAGGGCGUGCUUGCCGUACCUUAAUCACCAAAACUCGCGCAUCAUCAACAUCACCAGCGGUAUUACCCGUGCUGCAGGUCCAAAACAGAGCAUCUAUGCUGGCUCCAAGGGCAUAAUCGACAGUUUUACACGGUGCUGGGCCAAAGAUCUUCCGCCGAAGUAUGGCUGUACCGUCAAUGCGGUAGCCCCGGGGCCAAUCGAAACGGAGUCCCUGCUCGCAACUCCUAAGGAAGUGCAGGACGAUCUGAUCCCCGUCAUUCAGAAUACACCGGUGGCUAAACGGCUGGGCAAACCGGAUGAGGUUGCGUACGCUGUCGCUGUGCUGUGCGAGGACAGAUCGGGUUGGAUUAAUGGUGCAUGGAUCCCUGUAACGGGUGGCUUCGUGCUUAGUUAG